AUGGCGACGCAGCGACCAGUGACCCCCUCGGCCUCGUACGACCCCGUACCGCACGUAGACGACCCAGCCCAUAUCAGCCGUGGCUACGGCAAUUCCUCUGUGAAUGACUUUGCAAACUCACCAGCAGGCGCGCAACAUGAACGUUCGCGUCUGGGGAGGUUCGAGGAGGACUUCGAUGCGCGCACACGAGGCUCGUCCGUCCUUGACGGUGACAUGCACCAGCGCUCGUCUUCCCGCUCCUCCACCCUGAACCAGGGCGCAACGCCUUCACGAAGUGGCACGCUCAAGAAGAAGAAUUCGGUCAAGAGGACGGGCAGUAUGAAGCGCAGCGGAAGUAGAAAGUCGAUGCACGCUGGCAGUAUUCGUGGUGUGACCAUUGACGACCAGGAGCGCGGCUAUGAUCGCGAGGACAGUGUCUUUUACACACCUGUACCUACCAAGGGCACGCCCACUGAGAUACUGGCAGACCGCUUCCAGACUUGGCGAAAGUUCCUCAAAGACCUCAUCACCUAUUUCCGCGAAGUGGCUUCCUCCUACGAACACCGUGCCAAGUCGCUCCUCAAGGUGUCAAAUGUCAUCAACAACACCAAUGCGCCCGCUGCUCUCCUCCUAGAAGGAGGCCUCAACGAUGCCAACCGCAUCCUCCGCGAUUUCCACAAGCAGGCCAUUCUCGAGGCUAACAAAGCGCGAGACGUCGAGGCAGAUGUCAUCAACCAGCUCAGCGGCCUCAGAGCGGAUCUUGCACAAAAGAUCAAGGAGAUCAAGUCACUCUCUGGCGACUUCAAGAACAACGUCGAGAAGGAAAAGGAGACGACAAGGAAGUGCGUGACAGCACUCGAGGAGGCAUUGGCCUUGGUCGACUCUGACCCCACGGCCGUUGCGGGCAAGGGAGAUCCCUAUGUCGUUCGCCUGGGUGUCGAGCGCCAGGUUGAGAGGCAGAUUGACGAGGAGAAUUACCUUCACAGAGCCUACCUCAACCUUGAGAACUCUGGCCGCGAACUCGAGUCGAUUGUUGUGGGUGAAGUCCAGAAAGCCUACAAUGCCCUUGCUAGCAUCCUGAAGCGUGAUGCCGACGAGCAGUACAACACGGUUGAGAAGUUGCGCAAUGGUCCGAUUGCAAUGCCACGCGAUCUCGAGUGGAGCAGGUUUGUUAGAAGCGACCCUCACUUUGUUAACCCAGACAUGCCGUUGCGCAGACUGGAAGACAUACAGUACCCCGGAAAACACCACCCAGCUACCACCGAGGUCAGGGCGGGCAUGCUCGAACGAAAGAGCAAGUACCUCAAGUCAUACACGCCAGGCUGGUAUGUUCUGUCGCCGACGCAUAUCCACGAGUUUAAAUCAGCCGAUCGCAUCUACACUCAGCCUCCGGUCAUGUCCCUGUAUCUGCCAGACCAGAAGCUUGGUUCUCGUUCCCAACCCGGAAGUUCCUCCCAUAAGUUCGUUAUCAAAGGCCGUCAGGCUGGAUCCAUGCACCGUGGCCACACUUGGGUAUUCCGGGCAGAGACUUACGAGACCAUGGUGGCGUGGUUUGAAGAUAUCAAGGCCUUGACCGAGAAGAGUGGAGAGGAGCGCAAUGCUUUUGUUCGCCGACAUGCAAGCGUCAGGAGCACCAGCGCCGGCAGCGCCCGUUCAGCGAGCUCUGAUGGUGGGCUAGAGGAAGAUGAGGCAGAUGCAGUACCAUUCUCAGCCAACCAGUCGAUGAAGGAACAGGCCAUUCGGGACCAGUCUCCGCGACCUUCACGACCUUCUCCAGGUGGGCGAUUCCCGUCUGAUUUGAUGGUCAACCGUAACUUACAAGCGCCUCUUUCGCCUUCUAGUGGAAGUUCAGAGGUCGGCAAUGAUCUAACGACCAUGUCCGGAGGUCCGCCACAGGAGGUUCAUCCGAUGUAUCUUGCCCAAACCUCAGCCUACCAGCCCGAACCUGUUCAGCCAGUCCAGUAUACCCAGCCUGUUCAGCAUCAACCCCAGACCGAUUUCGCAAACUCAUAUCCACCCACUCAGCAGUCGCAUGAUCCGCUGGCUGCCAAUGCCUCUUCAUACGCGCCCGUUUCUCAGGCUUACCCUGUUCAGCCAACUUCAAUCGACCACUACAACCAGUCACCUUUGGAACAUGCUCAGCCCAUUCAACGCCACGAUAGUAACAACUACGGUGAUUGGAUGGCGCCUGCUGUUGGGGGAGUAGCAACUGGCGCUCUUGCAAACGAAGCAUACAGAAAGAAGCAGUUAGCCCAGCAACAUCUCGAUGCUCAACAGCAGCAGAUUCAAGCACAACAAUAUCCAGUCGAACAAUCCCGGGCAGUAGAUUUUUCAGACGCCACUCCUACCCAAGUCCCGGAGCGACAUCCUGAUCAUAUCCUCCCCGACCAGAUCGAUGAUACCGGCUACGUAGCUCCAUCUGCAGCACCUGCCCCGAUCGUCGCACCCAUUUCCGACGGCCAGACUCAACCUCAUCAUCCUAGCAGUCCGGACACACUAGCGACCACGUCGUCUUUUUUAGGCGAGUCUGAGGUCGGUGCCGCCCCUGCCUUUGGCAAGACUGUCAAUGGAGGACCUGUUCCAGUCGACCUUGUGGACACUGCAGAUGAGAUGGCCCAUCCUGGAAUGGGCAAGCGGAUGAACACCGACAUCAGCGUUAGUGACCUGCAUGUUCCGGGCGAGUAUCCCAAGACAACCGUCGGUGAUGCCACGGGUGCUGCUAGGACACCCACUGGAACUGCAACAUCGCAGCAGCCCACGACUUUUCUGAAGUACAAUUGA